UUUAGACGUCGGCAGAUUCAAAUUGACCAAUCAGAUUGCGUAAAACGUGGAUUCUAAAUCCCGUAUUUUCCAAGUGCGUGUUUCCAUGGAGACGCCCGCCAAAAAAUGGCGUCUUCGAUGGGGGUGUGGCAAGUUUCCGCGCAAAGAAACUCGCUCUGUCGCUGAGAGCUCGCCGCGACGACUUCAAACUCGCUAUAUCCGAUGCUUCUUCGAUGAAAGGCCUCUCUACGAUGCAAAAAGACACUAAACUGAAGACCUUUUUAGCUUCCCCCGGCAAGAGCGAGUCUUUCGGAAGACGGCGGACCUGGACGAUUUUGAAGGCCGACACGGCCUCCGUCUAAACAGGUUAUACUGCUUGUCAAUGGAAAUACACGAUUUAGACGGCCUCGGAGCCCUUAGUAGCGUCUUCGCUGCGCUCAGACAGCUACAGCUCAGGGCCCCUCGUGCCGUCUAAAUCGCGUAUUUCCAUUGGCGCGCAGUAUAACCUAUAUAUAGCCUAUGUCUCUUCAAACACCAACACCUUGUAAAAGACACGCGAUGUGCAGUCAGCUACACCGCGUCCGCCUAUAAAGAGAAGCGCAGAAAUGAGGCUGCGCGAAAAAACCCGAAUAUCGACGACGACGAUUAUGAAGAGCGCCUUGUUCACAGCACUACUGCUGGUGGUGGCCGCCGCAGCUAUGGCCGCACGCGCCGCACAUCUGCAGCCGAAGGCCCACCCAGCAGUUCAGACACUGAGCAAAUUCGUCAGAAAUGGUACUGGACUCAACGGCCUUUGGAGCGACUGCAGCAGCUCGGGGGACUCGGUCAAGAUCCUGAGUCUCAACGUCACUCCCGACCCUCCAGAGAAGGGGCAGAAAGUGACGGCAGACGUGAAACUAGAGUUCACGGAGGAAGUGGAAGGAGGCAGCCUCAAUAUUCUGGUCAAGUACAAGUACAUUCCUGUCAUGAACAAGAAGAAAGACUUGUGCAAUAUUCCAGACAUACUGGCUGACUCCUGCCCUCUCCAACCUGGCGUCCAUGAGGCUACCUUCAUACAAAAGUUCCCCUCACAUGCUCCCUAUGGUACGUAUGUUGGCAAGGUGGUUGCCAAGGACAAGAGUGGGAACGAACUAGUGUGUAUCAAGCUCAACUUCACCAUCUGAGAGAGACAGCAGCACUAUUCAUACUUCACUACUGAACACAGUCACCAUUAUCAUCGCACUGUGUUUUACACUGUAUCACAUACUAACAGGAUUAAGACCCUUGUCUGUGAAUACCGCUAACUAUAUACAUCUUGCGCAAGCAGCUGCGGUCUACUGACACUACAUCAACCGCAUUCAGAUUU